AUGGCUCACUGGAUUGAUAUUUGCCGCCAGUGCGUCGCCAUUGUGGCUAAUGUCCCUAUUACGAUUCUACUUGCCAGUUUGAGCUCUACCUUGCUUGGACUGUUUGUCCUGUUCUAUAUCUGUUUGUUCUACGUCGCACCAGUACCACGGGAAUCUCUGCCAGAAGAAAAGAAGUUUAGGGCCCUUGCGAACGAUGGUACAAUCACAGACCCCCAGCCACUCCCGAGCUGGUUCGACAACCUUGAUAAACAAAAAAGAGCUGAUUCAGCUACCAAUAACGCUGCCAUCGAACCGGCAGAACUGUUCAUGUCGGUAGUUGUGCCAGCCUAUAACGAAGAAGACCGAUUAGUCGGUAUGCUGGAGGAAGCAGUCAACUAUUUGGAAAAUACGUAUGGGACAUUGAGAGAGAGUAGCGCCAACACAAUCGAGACCCGGUCUAUGCGAAGUCGAAAAAAUGAACAAACACCAAAAGCAAUCCCGGCGCUGGAUCGAGGGUGGGAAAUCAUUCUCGUCUCAGACGGAUCUACGGAUAAUACAGAAGAUGUGGCGUUUCGCUUUGCGAAAGAACACCAGUUGUCUUUGCACCCCAAGGGUCAUGCGGGACCUUGGACCCCGAAGGCUCAAGAAGGUGUUCAUAUACCGCCAGGCACGAUUCGGGUCGUCAAUUUAACUCAUAAUCGCGGCAAGGGUGGUGCUGUGACGCAUGGCAUGCGACAUGUUCGGGGCCGCUAUGUUGUUUUUGCCGACGCUGAUGGAGCAAGCAAGUUUGAGGAUCUCGGGAAGCUGGUCACUGCGUGUUCGAAGGUCGAAGAUGACCGUGGUCGUGGUGUGGCUGUCGGCUCACGAGCACACAUGGUAGGCAGCGAGGCUGUUGUUAAGCGAUCUAAACUACGCAAUUUCCUUAUGCAUUCGUUCCAUAGACUUUUAUGGCUGAUGACACCACCCAAAACAGCUACUGUCAAGGAUACACAGUGCGGGUUUAAACUGUUCUCGCGUGCGGCACUGCCGUAUAUUGUGCCAAACAUGCACUCAGAGGGCUGGAUAUUCGACGUUGAAAUGCUCAUGUUGGCUGAAUUUGCUUAUAUCCCUGUAGCCGAGGUGCCUGUGGGAUGGAAAGAGGUUAAGGGAAGCAAGUUGAAUGUUCUUCGUGAUAGUAUUGGCAUGGCGUGGGGUCUUGCUAUCCUGCGGGCAGCUUGGUCUUUAGGUGUCUACAGACGGAGAUAA